AUGGCGUCGAAACUUUUACCAUUCACACUGCGGCAAUGUCGCCAAUCAAUUCGGCACAUUCCCGCCCAACCGCGACGCCGAUUUACAGCUGCUGUCCCAGCCCUUAGCGAUACUCUUGCGGUUCAUCGAAACUCACCCGAGAACAACCCUAGCAUUCCCUUCAAAUUCACCCAACAAAACCUCAAAGUCAUCGAUGAAAUUCUCAAAAGAUACCCCCCGCAAUACAAGAAAGGAGCUGUGAUGCCGCUAUUAGAUUUAGGGCAACGGCAGCUUGGCUGGACAAGCAUUAGUGUCAUGAAUGAGGUCGCACGGAUACUGGAGAUGCCCCCAAUGAGAGUAUACGAAGUCGCGACGUUCUACACGAUGUAUAACCGGAAUCCAGUUGGAAAAUACUUUGUUCAAAUUUGCACAACAACACCUUGCCAGCUUGGAGGCUGUGGAAGCGAUAAAAUUGUCAAAGCAAUCACAAAACACCUUGGUGUCUCGUCCCAUGGCCAAACGACCCCAGACAAUAUCUUUACUGUUUUAGAAGUUGAAUGCCUUGGUGCUUGUGUCAAUGCACCUAUGGUUCAAAUCAAUGAUGACUACUAUGAAGAUCUUACCCCAGAAAGCGCCGUCCAGUUACUAGAUGCAUUAAAGGCGUCUGCACUAGCUGGAGAAACUGGAAAGAAAGCCACAGUUCCGACCCCCGGUCCACUCAGCGGGAGACAUUCGUGUGAGAAUAGUGCUGGUUUGACAAGUUUGACGAGCCCAUUGUGGAGUACGGAGACUCUGAGAACGGAUGGGGAAUUGUAA